UUUACGUUUGAGGGGUUAUCUUAGUCUUAGAAGAAGCAGUCGACGAUAUUGAAGAUGGCGAGAGGUUCCCGGUGUUUGCGGAGAGCGGUAGCUGAAUGUAUCAAACAAUUGCCAUCUUCAAGUAGCCGAGAAGUACCGGGAAGGAGUGGAGUGAGGUAUCUGUCAUCAUGCGGGAUUCUGAUGACGCGAGUGCCGCCGCUGCUGGGCGCUAUGUCCGGCCGCGCAGUGGUGGCCCCCACGCGCAGCUUCUUCAACCUGGCCGACACACUCAACAAGAGGAAGGAAUAUUCUGAGAGACGCAUCAUUGGGUAUUCCAUGCAGGAGAUGUACACCGUGGUCGCUGGUGUGGAGGACUACCUACACUUUGUGCCCUGGUGCAAGCGGUCGGAUGUCGUCUUCCGCCGCACAGGCUUCUGCAAGGCCAAGCUCACCGUUGGCUUCCCUCCAGUAGUGGAAAAUUACACUUCCCUGGUCACCACAGUGCGUCCCCACAUGGUCAAGGCUGCCUGCUCUGAUGGUAAACUCUUCAAUCACCUGGAGACAGUGUGGCGUUUCAGCCCUGGUCUUCCUGGCUACCCACGCACGUGCACUCUUGACUUUGCUAUUUCCUUUGAGUUCCGCUCACUGCUACACUCUCAGUUGGCCACAGUUUUCUUUGAUGAGGUGGUGAAGCAGAUGGUGUCGGCCUUCGAGCGCCGUGCGAAGAAACUCUACGGUCAAGAGACGGCCAUUCCCCGUGAGCUGAUGUUCCAUGAGAUCCACCACACGUAGCGCACGCUCUCAGGCACGUGGAAAAGAGGCGGGGCUAAAAGGUUGCCUGGGGGGGUGGGGCUUGAGGUUGAAGCAAGCGGAAGAGGGGCCAGGAUUUUAAGUGGGGGUAUAAAGGUGCCUAAAGACCAUCUUUGCCUUUGUCAAAAAGACAAUUGUUUUCUUUCUCUUUCUCUCUCUCUCUCUCUCUCUCUCUCUUGUUCUGUCACCCCCCCAGCCUGUGGAGGGUUUUAUGCUAGGCUGAAGUCUGCCCUAUGGGCAGGUCCCUUUUUUUUUUUUUUCUUUUUUUCUUUCCCCAUAUACCCUCCUGAAUGUCACCAAGCCCACUCUUGGCGCCAUCUGCUCUGGCUGCUGAUUGUUGAGGCUGUGUGAGAGGGAGUGAUAAUUCCACAUCCACGCCAAAAAGAACAAAGACAAACUGCAGACUCGAAUGUAGUCUGACAAGGGCUAAUUUGAUCAAAUGAACACAUUUCAGACUGGAAAAAAAAACAAACAAAAAAAAAACAUCAGGGAGACAAAGACGGUAGCGUAAGAUUUAAGAUUCAGAUGAAUUCCCUUUAUGGCAUUCGCAUAAUGCUUAGAAUGCCAAUGCUGCCAAAAAACAAGUGGUUUUGUUUGAAAGCAGGCAUGAAUUAUGGACUUCCGAUAAGUGAUCAGUAUUUCAAUCAGGAAGGGACUAGAGCGAUGUCAGCCACAGGCUCCAGAAGGGUAAACAUGCUCGGUGCAGGAGGAGGCAGAAUAGAUGUACUACAAUGACGGAAGAGUCACAGCAAGCACACAUUAAGAGUUCUACCUGUUCAUAGACUCCUGAAAGGUGCUACAUUCUUCUAUGCCAAUGCGGCACAAGGGAUGUCAGGUUGGUAGAUACUUCCAAAGCCUUGUCCGUGAUGCGGGGGAUAGGGUGCGCCUUAUCAGGGUUUGUGAACAGAACGAUGGCUAGAGUGUAAAAAUGGCGUAGAUUUAUGACGCUUCUCUUGUGGCGGCGAUGACGACAACGCCUCAGAUUGACCGUAGCUUAUUUCUUUGUUAUUAAGACGUGUGCAAUAGCGUUUGUGAAAUUUUGGAUUUGAAUGCUGGUAGCGAUUGCAAACUGUGGAUGCCCACUGCUUCGAAAAAGGGCCCAAACUGCUGUCGGGGUGCAGUGAAGGAUCGCCUCUGGUGUAGUGGUUGCGACUCGUCUCUUGCACGCCCCAGCAGAUUGCAGCAGUAGUGAGGCAUCAGCAUCGGCCACCCCAAACCCCCAGUCUUUGGACUAUUCCAAAUCACCAGUGCAGUUCUGUUGCAUUUGUGUUAAGUUACAGCAUUUAUUUAUCAUUAUCUUUUAAAAAAAUGUAUACAUUUGUCAUUAUCUAUUUAUUUAGGUUAUGGGAAGACCACACUGUACAGAACAUACUGACUUAAGACCACAGAUCAGUGCUCAUUGUAGAGAACUCAAUGUCUUUGUUGUGAUGUGGUUGUUUUUUUAGUGUAAAUUAAGAAUAUUUUAAUUUCAGUGUUUGGGUGAAAUGUAUACAGACUGCAUGGUUCAUAAAGUAUUUUUAUAUUUAA